UAUUAUAACGUUAAAGAUAAUAUACAUUACCCCGGUAUACAAAUUUUCUGCCGUGUUGUGAGAGACAUCUGCGUGGAAAAGAAAUCUUUCUGUGUAUCACUGAUAUCAUUUGAUACGGCAAAAGGUUUCAAGUACCGGAACGAAAACGACAGAUCCGAGUUUAGCCGAUGUCUAAGGCUAUUUAAAGGUCAAAACAUCAGGAAGAAUAGGAUAGAAGUGAUAUAGAAAUGUCAUAUGAAACAAAAUAUAUAUUUGCUACAUUGCCCAAGACACAAAGAGGGCAACCUCUUGUAUUAGGUGGAGAUCCAAAAGGAAAAAAUUUCUUAUAUACCAAUGGUAAUAGUGUCAUCAUUAGAAAUAUUGAUAAUCCAGCAAUUGCUGAUAUUUAUACAGAACAUUCUUGCCCUGUAAACCUUGCCAAAUAUUCUCCAAGUGGUUUUUAUAUAGCAUCAGGCGAUCAGUCUGGGAAAGUACGUAUUUGGGAUACUGUGAAUAAAGAACAUAUUUUAAAAAAUGAAUUUCAUCCAAUUGGUGGACCAAUCAAAGAUAUUGCUUGGUCACCCGACAGUCAACGCAUGAUUGUUGUUGGUGAAGGAAGAGAGAGAUUUGGACAUGUAUUUAUGGCAGAAACUGGUACAUCCGUGGGUGAAAUAUCUGGUCAAAGUAAGUCAAUCAACUCGUGUGACUUCAGACCGACAAGACCAUUUAGAUUGAUUACUGGUAGUGAAGAUAAUACUAUUGCUGUUUUUGAGGGUCCACCAUUUAAGUUUAAAAUGACGAAACAGGAACACACUCGUUUCGUACAAGCCGUACGUUAUUCGCCAAGUGGAAAUUUAUUUGCAUCUGCAGGCUUUGAUGGGAAAGUAUUUAUAUACGAUGGAACAACAUCUGAUCUUGUCGGUGAAGUUGGCUCUCCUUCACAUCAAGGUGGUGUUUACGGGGUCAGCUGGAAACCAGAUGGCACUCAAUUAUUAACAGCAUCAGGAGAUAAAACGUGUAGAUUAUGGGAUGUAGAAACUCGAUCUUUAAUUAGUGAAUUCAAUAUGGGAACUACGGUCGAUGAUCAACAAGUUAGUUGUUUGUGGCAAGGUGUACACUUAUUAUCUGUUUCUCUCAGUGGAUUUAUCAAUUAUUUGGAUGUUAAUAAUCCUUCAAAACCUAUAAGAAUAAUAAAGGGUCAUAAUAAGCCAAUUACUGUUCUAACACUGAGCCCUGACAGAUCAACAAUUUACACAGGAUCUCACGAUGGUUAUAUAACUAGUUGGAAUGCAGAAACAGGCGAAAAUGAUCGUGUACGAGGAAACGGUCAUGGAAAUCAAAUUAAUGGAAUGAAAGCUGCCAACAAUAUUUUAUACACUGCUGGCAUUGAUGAUACUUUAAGAUCUGUAGACAUAGAAACGUGUGCGUAUUCAGAUAAUUCUAUCAAAUUAGAUUCUCAACCACGAGGCUUAGAUAUUUUUGAGGAUAAGGUUAUCGUCGCUUCUGUACGACAGGUAAUAGUUACACAAGAUGGUCGAAAAGUUUCAAGUACACCGACCGAAUAUGAACCGUCAUGUGUGUCAAUUAAUCAAGAUAACGCGGACGUAGCUAUAGGAUCGGCAUCAGACAAUAAAGUUUAUAUUUAUGGAUUAGUAGGAACAACAUUAACUCAAAAGACUGAAGUAGUACAUUUAGGUCCGGUUACUGAUGUUGCAUACAGUCCUGACAAUAAAUAUUUAGUAGCCUGUGACGCAAAUCGAAAAGUUGUCCUUUAUGCUGUUCCAGAGUAUAAGCCUGCUCACAAUAGAGAAUGGGGUUUCCAUAAUGCAAGAGUAAAUUGUGUUGCAUGGUCACGUGAUUCGGAAAUGGUUGCUAGUGGAAGUUUAGACACUACAAUUAUUAUUUGGAGCGUAUCCAAUCCAGCCAAGCAUACGAUUAUAAAAAAUGCUCAUCCGCAAAGUCAAAUUACACGUUUAGUUUGGUUGGAUGAAGAAACUUUGAUAUCAGUUGGUCAGGACUGUAAUACUAAAAUAUGGCGUAUAGAAAAAAUUUAAAUAUCUUUUUAAAGUAUUAUACAAGUUUUUUGAAAAAGCUGAGCUUUGGAUGUAUUUUAUUUAUUUAAUUAGUAGCUUGAACAUAAUGUAUAUUAUUUUUAAAUACGAUUCUUGAUAUACAACACGGGAAAUGAGUA